ACGGAUAGCUUGUUGCUACGUCGCUAUGCUAGCCGCUAGCUAGAGGCGGCUUCAGCUAAACAUGUAGCUAACAACGCAUCGUUCGUCGCAUAACAUUGUACGUGUGUCAUCAUCAGAGGAAAAAUGAACAGUUACCAUUUCAUUAACUAACCCACCCACUCUCAUCCUCAUGAAAUCACAAAGGCGAUAGACAAGAUACAGCUGCUAACAUGAGCUAACAGCAUUUACUGGUGUCAAGCUAAGCUAAACACCGUCACCUUUAUUUAUUUCUGCGUGUGUUGAUGAGUUUCAACAUAUGUUUGAUGGCCCUGCUCCAACACGACACUGGUUCCUCCUUUUUCAGUACCCUGUCUGACAGCCCUUUCAUUUGCAUAUUAAAUAAAUGAAUACACCUGAUGCAAAUCUGAAUAUAUAACAGGAUGAAAUGUAAAAGAAAAUGACCCCAGCAUCAUUUUUAUUUAUGGUCAACCUGCCGGGGAGUCAGUGUUUCGUUUGUUCAGGCUCGUGAAAGAGUCAUGUGGAGUUAGUGUUAGGGACUGAUUCUGCCUGAGGAAAUUAAACCAAAUAUAACUCCCUCACUGGUUAUUCAUGCAUGCGAAAUGUCGAGCUAAUACCAUCACAGACAGCACAUCUGCCUGUUUGUGUCCCGUCUCUCCAGAGCUGGCAGACGAAAAGCUCAGCGUGCUGCCAGAUAAUGAAAUUCAUGUUCUGCUUGAAUUGAUGCAGACUGUGAGAAGAUAACUGCUGUGCUGCUCAAGUCACGUACAGGAGAAUUUGAUUUGGAGUCGAUACUGUUCCUCAAAUUGAGAGGUCUUGGAAUCCAUGAUCUUGGAUGCAUUGGGGAGUGUAUGAGUUUAGAGAAACUGGACCUCUCUGGAAAUAACAUCUCAAGUUUAGCUCCUCUGGCAUCUCUUCGGCUUCUUUCUGUACUCGGCUUGUCUGCCAACAGGAUUUCCAAUUUAGAGCCACUGCGUAGUUGUGAAAGUUUACAGCACUUAAACUUGGCUGGUAACAUCAUAUCCAGCAUUGAGAGCCUACACUGCCUUCAGCCUUUGAGGAAGCUCGAAAAUAUACGUCUCAAAGACAACACCUACAAUUACAGUAAUCCAGUGUGCAGGAACUCAUCAUAUAGAAAUAUAGUUCUUGAGAUGUUCCCCAACAUCAAAGUGCUGGAUGGUGAAAGAGUGGUGGGACGUGGGAGUGAGUUGUACCAAUUAUGCAAGGACAUCGAUGAUACCAUCAAAGCCGGUUUAUACAAGAAUGGACAGCUUGUUGAACAUCCAGAUUGCAAACCAUGGGUGGAGGAUAAUUACUGGGAGAUAAAAAGAUCAAACAAUGCCAUUAUUGAAGAAGCCUACAAACAGUUUAACGAUGUACUUCAUGAAUGCAGACUCCUCAACAACAGAGCCACUCAUGUCAUUUCGCAAACUGAAAGAUCUAUGAGCCUGAAGAAGCAGCCAAAGCAUUAUGCUAUCUGAGUUGGGCUAUUUGAGACACAUUUGUGUGCAAGUUUUAGUUGUAUUAUGAUAUUCCAUGGCUAAUGUACUCUAGGUUUUUCAAAUUACUAAGCUGUAUCCAAAUGCUUGAUAAGUACCAUUGCCAGACACAUGCUUGGUGUUGCAGUGUGAGGCAUUUGUUGAAAUCUCAUCCUAUGCAUUAUGUAUCGAAGGAUACAUGUAAGUGGUUUGAAAACCUUUAUCCAUACUGACACCCCUCAGUUUGGUUGAAAAGAUGUCUUUACUUGCACAGUGUGCAUUUUGUACAAUGUUGUAGCCUGCAUUUAUGCUGAGAGAUCUGCUGCUUAAGAUUUUCUAUAGGUUUUACGUAAUUAAGAGCUUUCUUCCAUUUUGCAUUGCUGGAUAAUUUUGGGAGUACAUGUCUCCCAUGCUGUAUGCUUUCUUUGUGAGGUGAGGUGAACUUUUUGCAAAAGUGGAUGAUUGUUUCAGCUGUUUCUACUUGUUUUAUAUCAUAAAGUUUAUUAUUUGUGGAACCACCUUGUGGCAAAUACAAUUGCUUCACAUCUCUUUUUACUCAUACCUACAACUGGUACUGUGCGUACAUAGUAGACAUUGUUUGCACAUCCACUGCAAAAGAAAACACGUACGUGGACUCUGAGAAGCGGUCCAGUGUCGCCACCUGGUGGUGCAAAGAUGUCUGUGCGGCAAUUCUAGUCGCAGUCCAUCCAUUAUUCAGACCAGCAAUCAGUCGUUAGCCCGUUUAUGAUCACAAGUACGCGUUUUCCUCUCAUAAACUCGCAUUUAGUUUUUUCAAGUAUCACUUGAGAGGAAGUCAUUUCCCUAAAUGUCAUUGCUAAUCCGGGAAGAUAUCCAGAAUAACAGCACGAGCAAAUCCUGUCUUUAAAGGUGCAUUUAAGUGUAGAAUUAGUCAGUAUUAUAGAAUGAAUUAAAAGAGUGUAUAACUGAACGUUGCAUCCAUAAAAUAAUUUAAAUUGUCAUGCAUCAUGACGUUAACUAAUGCUGAGAUUUAUUUAAUGAGGGUUGAUUUCGGGAGGAAAUAGUCCCGGACGGACAUCCGCUUUGUGUUGCGGUGAGCUCGACAAGCUGCUGCUGACUCUGCUGCAUCGACCUUGGCUAGUUGAAGAUGGCAGGGACGGCGUGGAGGUCAGCGGUAUGUACGGGGGAAAUAUGUAAAUGGUAUUUUAGGUAUUGCACCAAACUCAUGACAUUGUGUUUAGAUGAAUCCAGUGACGCUAAACCUGCAGGCAUACCAGAUACCAACGUAACCUACCCAUGCAACUAGCUAUAGCUGUUAUACAUGUCUUAUUUGAUCAUGCAUUGUUGUAAAAGUUAGUUUGUAGCUGAUUGCUCAACAGAUGUCAAUGAAAUGUCCCUCAUCUACAGAUUCUUAACCUACUAAAACAGUGGGGUUUGUCGCUCAAUGGCAAGGAUAAAAUCAAGGCUCAGGAAGUAAGUUCAGCACUGUGGUUCAGCAUAACGUUACGCAUUACAACGUGGACUGUCCUUCCUGCGUUUGGAAAAAGCUCUCGGCAUCUUUGCUAUACUGCAUGUCUACAAUUUCUGCAAUUCAACUAUAGCGUUAAGCUGCGAUAACAUAUGUAAGCUAAUUUACUGUUAACUGGCAGCUGUGUUUCAAAGAUAAAGGUAUUGGCUAUUAGUGAUCUUCAUUGCCCUCUUUUGAGGUGAUGGUGUUUAUCAACAGCAAAGGUUAAUUGCAUAUUAAGUCACUUAUACUGAACAAGACAACAGAAAAUUGCCUUUUCGAUGCAAUGAACAUGCUAAUCAAAGAACUAACAACUCCUGCUGUGAAUGGGAUCGAGUCUCCUCUUCCAGGACGUCCUUUGCAAAUUUCUCUCAUGCUUAUCCAUCCAUCCUGACAUUAAUGGCUUGUGCUUCAUGUACUUGUACUGCUUGUCAUGUUCAGAUACGUGUGCACAACAGUGAUUAUGUACCUUUUGGUCAAAAAGAGUGCAGUACAGAGGAAUAGUUAUCCAGAUAAAUUAGUCUAACAUAAGUGUACAAUUCUUGGGUACUUCUGUUCUUUGCUGGAGGUAGGGUUUAAUUUUGCCUUUACAAACCGUGGCCAUUUUUGAUUGUCAGGUGUCACGUGUGGU